AUGUCGGUCGUUUUGUUGUCCAGGGCACUGCGAAUGAAGCCUCGCGCGCAGUGUAGUACCAGAGAGAUCCGCUGGUCGGCACCACGGUCACGACCACGCAUGGCGUUGCUGGUCUCCACGUUGGCACGCGCCUACAAAUUGCUGGCCACCCGGUCCACCAUCACACGAAGGGCUCUGUACUACGAGCAGGCGGGCGGCGCGCGCAGCCAGCGCGCGGUGGACGCGGCGGCGAUGGACGUGGGCCGGCUGCUUGGGGUGCCCGCCUGGCGCCUGGGGCUGCUGGCGUCGGGCAAGGCCCUGGUCGCGGGCCCGCUGCUCAUCACCACGGCGGAGGGCGGCAGCAUCGACUGCGCGCGCGCCGCCGCAGGUCAGCUGGUGCCUCAGGACGUGGCGGGCAUCAGGGAACUGCGAGCAGACUCUGCGCGCCUGGUGCUGCUGGUGGAGAAGGACGCCGUCUUCCAGAAGCUGCUGGACGAGGGCGUGCAGCAGACGCUGGGCCCCUGCAUCCUCCUCACGGGCAAGGGCUUCCCCGACGUGAACGCUCGCCUGUUUCUGCGCCGACUGUGGGACUCCCUGAGGCUCCCCGUGCUGGCACUCGUGGAUGCCGACCCGUACGGCAUCGAGAUCAUGUGCGUCUACCGCUUCGGCUCUCUGGCGCUGUGCGACGCGGCGAGUCGGCUGGCGACGCCGGCCGUGCGCUGGCUGGGCGUGCUGCCGUCGGAGCUGGCGCCGCUCGGCGUGCCGACGCAGCCGCUGACGGCGGCCGACCGGCGCAAGCUGGCCGCGCUCGCCCGCAGGCCCUACGUGCGCCGCUGCCCCGCCAUCUUGCACCAGGUGCAGACGUUGCUGACUGACGACCACAAAGCGGAAAUCGAGGCAGUAGCAGGCCUGUCGCGCGAGUACCUGGUUCGUGGCUACUUGCCCAACAAGAUCCGGUGUCGCGAUAUCGUCUGA